UUGAAAAGGGAAUAAGGAAGUGAAAAACGAGUAAGGAAGAAACCUGAAGUGAAGUGGACUGGUGUGUGAGCCCGGCUGUCAUUUGGACUCCUGUUUCUUCACCGUUACUCUACCCGCUGAGCACUAUGGCUAAAGCAGACAUUGCACUGAUUGGUUUGGCUGUCAUGGGCCAAAACCUCAUCAUGAACAUGAAUGAUCAUGGCUUUGUGGUCUGCGCUUACAACCGCACUGUGUCCAAGGUGCACGACUUCCUGCAGAAUGAGGCCAAGGGCUCCAAUGUGAUUGGAGCAGAGUCUCUGGAGGACAUGGUGACCAAGCUGAAGAAGCCCAGGAGGAUCAUCCUGUUGGUCAAGGCUGGACAGGCUGUGGAUGACUUCAUUGACAAACUGGUUCCUCUUCUUGAGAAGGGAGAUAUCAUCAUCGACGGCGGCAACUCUGAAUACAGAGACACGACACGGCGGUGCCAGACCCUGAAAGAGAAGGGCUUGCUGUUUGUCGGCAGUGGAGUCAGUGGUGGAGAGGAAGGGGCACGUUAUGGACCAUCACUCAUGCCGGGAGGACAUAAAGAGGCCUGGCCACAUAUAAAAGACAUCUUCCAGAGCAUUGCUGCCAAGGUUGGAACAGGAGAACCUUGUUGUGACUGGGUUGGAGAUGAGGGUGCAGGUCAUUUUGUUAAAAUGGUCCACAAUGGCAUUGAGUAUGGCGACAUGCAACUGAUUUGUGAGGCCUAUCACCUGAUGAAGGAUGUUCUGGGUAUGGACCACGAUGAGAUGGCACAGGCUUUUGACAACUGGAACAAGACAGAGUUGGACUCCUUCCUGAUCGAGAUCACGGCCAGCAUUUUUAAAUACAGGGACUCUGAUGGUACACAUCUGCUGCCCAAGAUCCGCGACAGCGCUGGACAGAAAGGCACGGGGAAGUGGACGGCCAUUUCGGCCUUGGAGUACGGCACUCCUGUCACUUUGAUCGGGGAGGCUGUCUUUGCCAGAUGCCUGUCCUCUCUGAAGGAUGAGAGAGUGGAGGCCAGCCGCAGCCUUUCAGGGCCUCAGGGGGUGAAAUUCAGUGGUGACAAGGCUGCCUUCCUGGAGGACAUUAGGAAGGCCCUUUACGCCUCCAAGAUCAUUUCCUACGCCCAGGGCUUCAUGCUGCUGCGGCAGUCAGCCAAAGAGUUCGGCUGGUCCCUGAACUACGGCGGGAUUGCUCUGAUGUGGAGAGGAGGCUGCAUCAUCCGCAGUGUCUUCCUUGGUAAAAUCAAAGAAGCGUUUGACAGGGACGCAGAGCUGCAGAACUUGCUGCUUGACAAUUUCUUCAGUAAUGCUGUGCAGGACUGUCAGGAGUCAUGGCGCCGAACAGUCAGCACUGGAGUCCAGCAUGGCAUCCCUAUGCCCUGUUUCACCACAGCUCUGUCCUUCUAUGAUGGCUACAGACAUGAAAUGCUGCCAGCCAACCUCCUCCAGGCCCAGAGGGACUACUUUGGAGCCCACACAUAUGAACUGCUGUCAAACCCCGGUCAUUUCAUCCACACCAACUGGACGGGCCACGGUGGAAAUGUCUCCUCUUCAUCCUACAAUGCUUAAGGACCAUCUUCACAUCACUCAAAAACACAAACGAGAGAGAGAGGGAGAGACACAAGAGAAAUUUUACACAUUCCAACUUUAAAACGAUGCCUGACUAUUUAGAGCCUCCUGCCCCAACAGUCACCUUUAAUCCAAUUUUUUACUCCUCUCAAAGACUUGUUGCAGUUUUAUUUAUCAAUAAGGAAUAUUGUAGAUUAAGUGUACUGUAAACUCUACACCCAGUAUUUUGGUGUAUCUGAACUUCAUCACAGUCACAAUAGGGGGAACAAGAAAGUCUAUUUGGUUGCUAUUGAUAUUAGGCUGGCCAUCAAACUGAUGUUCACCAGUCAUGUUGGGCCCAGGGUUCACGUUGUUAACGCUGGAUUAAUGUGAAGCGUUGAACUGUAUUGGACUAAAUAAAGACUUAAAUCCCUUUA